AUGGAUCAGCCCCAUCGUCUACAGCCUAUCCCUCCAAACCAACUCACUGCUGAUCAAAGGGCUCUAUUUGAUGAUAUUGUUGCGUCUAUUGGUGUAGACUUGGAUGCUACACAUUCUUUUGUUACCCAAAAUGAAGAGGGAGCCUUUGUUGGACCGUUCAAUGGCUGGAUUCAUUCACCUAUUACGGGAGCUGCAAUUUGGAAUGUCAUCAAAGAAAUGAGACGAGACGAGAAGCUGCCACAGAAUCUACGACAAAUUGCUAUUGUUACGACUGGAUCACAUUUUAAAGCCAAUUACGAAGUAUACGCCCACGCAUCGAUGGCACGACAAUACUUUUCCGAGGAGCAAGUCAAUGCUCUGGCCACUGGGGCACUUCCUCACGGGUUCAAGUCAGAAGAGGAGUUGGUAUACAAGUUUACAAAGGGACUAGUGCAAGGGGGCCCUCUGGCCGAUAACAUAUACGCAGAGGGGGUUAAAGUUCUUGGUGAAGACAAAGUCAUUGAGCUGAUUCUUUUGGUUGGGCUGUAUUCGUUGGUUUCUAUGUGCCUAAAUGGAUUCAAUGUUCCUGUGCCAGCCACACCACGGAACUAG